AUGUCGCAAAUCAACUACCGCACCAUCAACAUUGACGCCCUGGACCCCGAAUCCUCGGCCAACUUCCCCAUGGAGUCUCUCCUGCCUGCCACACUCCCCCAAGCUGCAAGCGCCAGUGACGCCGCCAAUGCCGCGACACAAGUGCGCCAGAUGCUGCGCGGCGGUGACCCGGAGGGCGCCCUGCGGACUGUCCUUGACACGGCGCCGCUGGGCGGCGAUGACCGCGCCAAGGAGGUGCAUCUUGCUACCGUCAUCGAUGUGUUGCAGGGUAUCCGGCAGGGUGAGAUGACCCGCAUCCUGGAGGGCGUGUGCAGCGGGGAUGGCGGGGCUGAGCGGGCGGAUUGCUUGAUGAAAUACCUGUACGUGAAACUACUGUGUUUCGGUUUCCAGGAGAGGAACUGUCUGAUGGAAGUGCGUGGAUUUGAUUGCUUAUCUAUUGAUUACAGGUACAAGGGAAUGUCCUCGGCUGCUCCCGGUAGCGGUACCCAGACGCCAAAGAAGCCGGUUUCGCCCCAGGACACGGGCUUCUCGCAGAUCCAGGCUCGCAACUUGGGUGAAGGUGGUGGUGGUCAGCAGAUGAGCGUUUUGCUGAGCUGGCACGAGAGGCUGGUGGAGAUUGCUGGUACUGGGUCGAUUGUGCGGGUCAUGACUGAUCGUAGGACGGUUUGA